CUCCCUCCUCCCCCCAUCUGCAGCCUUCGCGCCCCUUCCCCGCCCACCUCCCCAAGGGAUCGGGGUGAGUGCAAAGUGCAUUUGGGUGGGAAGGCGCAGUGGAAGGGGGGGCGAUGGAAGGAGGGGGAAAUGGGGGCGGGAUGGUGGGGGGGCACUGUGUGUUAAAAGCAAAUGCAAAGGGCGUGGGGGUGCAAGGGAACCCCGAGGGCUGGAGGAGGGACGAUGCAAAGGGGUGAGCAAUUCCUGGUGUUGCACUGGGAAGAAAGAGCGCCUGAGAUUCCCCGCCCCAUAGCAUAGGAUGGUGGGCCUUUUCUGGGUCCGGCAUUAACCGAGAGCCCAAUUUUUGAGGCGUCACCCCGAGCAACCACCUCAUCUGUUGCCUCUUCUCCAUCUCCAGGGAAACCAGCUGAGUGAAAAGCACGUCAAGGAUUAUCUGGGAGUGAAAUGGGGGGCGGGGAGCUUUGGGGUGGGAAGGAGGAGGAGGAAAAGACUGGGGAGAUCUCCUCCACCCCACACCUCCAAAGGGAGAUGGGCUUUGCAACGGACCCAUCUGCGUUCAUUCCAUUCUUACUCCGUUCUGCAUCAGUACAAAUAUGUUACUCACUACUUUUGGGGCGUUGUAUUUGUGUCUGUGUGUCUUCAGGUUGCUGGGGAAAUGAUAUGCAUAUAAACCAAAGCCAAACUUAUUAAUAAUGUCAGCAAUAUCUAGGCAACACGAUGCCCAUGUACAUACGCAAUAGACAAUCUUUAUAGAAUUCCUUUAAGAAUUUAAGAAUUCUUCGUCGGCAAAACAGUAGUCCAUAUCCGGAAUCACUGUUCCGUGUUGGACAUCAUAUUUGCUGAAUACACAAAACUUCACAGCUUGUCUUUCAUCGUACAAAGUCUGGUACCUCGCUUCAUUUAAAGAUUUCCAGAGACUUUGAGACUAAAGAUUUCAUUUUGUCCUUGUUAUGGUUCAAAGGAAUUCUAUAAAGACUGUCUAUUGCGUAUAUACAUGGUCAUCGUGUUGCCUAGAUAUUGCUGACGUUCUCUUUGCAACACAGGGGUUUGUUUGGUUACUUAUAAAUGUACUAAUAAGGCAGAUCUAUGAAUAGUGGGUGGAGCUGGACAGAAAAAUUUGGACACGAAAUAUGCGUAAAAAUAAAAACUUGACCUAUUCAAGUAAUGGCACAAUGGGUCAUCAUAUCUCGCUGUUAACCAGAAGGCGGGUGGUUUAAACUCUCCCGGGGACGGCUGUGGGCAGGAUUCCUGCAUCGCAGGGGGUCAGACUAAAUGACCCACUGGACCCCUUCCAAUUCCACAGCUCUAUGAUUCUAAUCAAGCAUACAGAAAAGAAAACAACAACAGAAUCUUAAAUCUCAAGGGAAGUCACAUGAACUUGUCUAUAAAUCGUAAAACAAUACCUGGGGCUCCUUUGGAACUCCCACAUCUUGGUGCUUAUUUUCUUCUCCCUUCCCCUCUGCUAAGCGAGCAGUGGGGGAGCAGACACACACACACACACACACACACACACACACACACACAGCCAGGCUCAGUGAGGAGGGGGCAUCCUGUAUGGGAGGGAUUAUUUGGGUUGCUACAGUGCCAGAGAUGCUCUGUCAUCUUGCCUGAAUGUGCACCGGAUCAGGGUUUGGGUCUGUGAAACCCACUGCCUCUCGUCUCCAGUCCUCUGAGUCCUCUAGACUCAGGUCUUGCAGUUCUCAUUUGCCUUCCUUGCAGGGACGAGUCCCUGUCUACCCAGAAUCCUCCAGUGCUUCUUGCAAAGCCUCCUACCAUUUGGUCCAUGCGGUGGUCUCACUCUGAAGGACUUGAGACCUUUGCAAAAUGUCGUCAUCACUUCCUCCUUACUCAAGUAUCUAGUCCUUUCUCUUCCUUCUUUGCAGGCACCGGUCCUGGUCUCUAUUCAGAAUUCUCCAGUGCUUCUUGCAUAGCUUUCUCUAGUUCCAGGCAUGUGAAAAGCGCCUUUUCUCCCGCCAGAACUCACCGGAACUUGGGUGGGUGACAUUGCUAUUCUAAGAGAACAAGGGAGGCAUUCGUGGUGAGUUCUGGCGCUUCUUUUUCUAGGAAAAUAGCACUGUGUGUGACAACAACAACAACAACAACUAAUAAUAAUAAUACCAUGCCCAUCUGGCUGGGUUUCCCCAGCCACUCUGGGUGGCUCCCAAAAUAAUAAUAAUAAUAACCCGUCCAUCUGGCUGGGUUUCCCCAGUCACUCUGGGCAGCUUCCAACAGAAUAUUAAAAUACAAUAGUCUAUUAAACAUUAAAAGCUUCCCUAAAGAGGGCUGCCUUCAGAUGGGCAGCUUCCAACAGAAUAUUAAAAUACAAUAGUCUAUUAAACAUUAAAAGCUUCCCUAAAGAGGGCUGCCUUCAGAUGUCUUCUAAAAGUCUGGUAGUUAUUCUUCUCUUUGACAUCUGGUGGGAGGGCGUUCCACAGGGCAGGUGCCACUACCGAGAAGGCCCUCUGCCUGGUUCCCUGUAACUUGGCUUCUCGCAGCGAGGGAACUGCCAGAAGGCUCUUGGCACUGGACCUCAGUGCCUGGCUUAACGAUGGGGGUGGAGAUACUCUUUCAGGUAUACUGGGCCGAGGCUGUUUAGGGCUUUAAAGGUCAGCACCAACACUUUGAAUUGUGCUUGGAAACGUACUGGGAGCCAGUGUAGGUCUUUCAAGACCAGUGUUAUGUGGUCUCGGUGGCUUAAAAACAAGAUAAAACAUCAAACAUUAAAAGCUUCCCUAAACAGGGCUGCCUUCAGAUGUCUUCUAAAAGUCAGGUAGUUGUUUAUUUCCUUGACAUCUGAUGGGAGAGCAUUCCACAGGGUGGGCACUACUACGUAGAAGGCCCUCUGCCUGGUUCCCUCACAGUGAGGGAACUGCCAGAAGGCUCUUGGAGCUGGACCUCAGUGUCCGGGCUGAACGAUAGGGGUGGAGAUGCUCCUUCAGGUCUUGAGUCCUUUGCAAGAUGCUGUUGUUGUCACCUCCUCCUUACCCAAGUUUCUAGUCCUCUUUGGGUUCUCAUCUGCCUUCCUUGCAGGAACCUGCCCCAGUCUAUACCCAGAAUCCUCCUGUGCUUCUUGCAGACUCCUCUUCCUGAGAGGGGCGUGUGACACUUGCGCACCGAAGGACUCCACACAUUUGCAAGGAGAUGUCGUCGCCGUCUCCUCACCCCAAAUUCAGGCCAUCCUUGCCUCCGGACAGAAACUGGCAUCAGAGCAAGGAGAUCAUCAGGGUCCUGUUAGAGGCUGAGCUGGAGCAGAGGUCAAAGGUGGAAGAGCAAGACUCGGACGACUCCAAAGAGAGAAGAAGCCCCCGCAUCGUCCAGGCGGGAGGCAGCAGCCAGGAAUGCUGGGAAAGAAGAGAGCAGAAGAUCCUGGACGAGGGCAACGCCAGCUCGGAUGUACAACGCCAGCGUUUCAGGGCGUUCUGCUACCAGGAGGCCGAGGGGCCCCGAGAGGUUUGUGGCCGACUCCACAACCUCUGCUACCAGUGGCUGAAGCCAGAGCGGCACACCAAGAAGCAGAUCCUGGACCUGGUGAUCCUGGAGCAGUUCCUGGCUGUCCUCCCCCCGGAGAUGGAGAGCUGGGUCAGGGAUUGUGGCCCAAAGUCCACUUCCCAGGCGGUGGCCCUGGCCGAAGGUUUCCUCCUGAGCCAGGCAGAGCACAAGAAGCAGGAGGAGGAGCAGGUGAGAAAGUGUUCCAUCCUAGUACUUCCAAUGGGUUGAGAAUGUGUGGGGACAGCCCCCUAAAAAGUCUCACUGGCCACCCACCUUUUCUCAGAUGUUGCCCAAAUAAGGGAUUUAUUGCUUGUCUCUUUAAAAGCAUUUCUAGACCGAUAGAAAAACCUCCAGGUGGCAACAGAUCAACUUAAAAACGAAAAGAAUUCAAACUGUUGAUAUCAGGCACUGUAAACUUCGGUGUCUGCUAAAAACAGUCGCAUUUAGACAUGCCUAUGCAAAUGUGUAGAAAAUUGUGAACUUUAUGAAAGUUCAAAUAAUAAUAGACUAAGCGCAUUUAAGGAUGCAGGUGGCGCUGUGGUCUAAACCACUGAGCCUAGGGCUUGCUGAUCAGAAGCUUGGCGGUUCGAAUCCCUGUGAUGGGGUGAGCUCCUGUCGCUCGGUCCCAGCUCCUGCCAACCUAGCAGUUCGAAAGCACGUCAAAGUGCAAGUAGAUAAAUAGGUACCGCUCUGGCGGGAAGGUAAACGGCGUUUCCGUGCGCUGCUCUGGUUCACCAGAAGCGGCUUAGUCAUGCUGGCCACAUGACCUGGAAAAAAACUGCAGACAAACGUUGUCUCCCUCGGCCAAUAAAACAAGAUGAGCGUCGCAAUCCCAAAGUCAUUCGGGACUGGACUUAACUGUCAGGGGUCCUUUACCUUUACCUUUUUAAGCGCAUUUAAGCGCAUUUGUCAAAGACACAUUUGGGAGUGUGUUGCAAGGUUUGGAAGGUAGAAUAAGUUUACAUGGAAAUCUGAAUUCCUAGGCAAUUUGGAAAUAGUUUCGAUGUAAUAUUUGCUGAUUUGAUUUAAUGACACCCUUGUCCAUUGGCUGUUCCAUUUCUUCCCUUUUCCUACGACCUCUUUUCUCUCAUAUCCCUUUCUUCUGUUUCAGGCACAGAUGGCGUUUUCCAAAGCAGCCACAGAUUCCCCAGAGGCAGAAGAUGCUCCGUUGAACAUCACAAAGCGGCCACUGUUCCGGGGGAUCGUGCAGGAGGCCGAAGGGGGCACCUCCUCUCUGGGUAAGAAAAGGCCCUAUUACAGCAUGGGUCCCAUCCGCACUAAACAUUUAAAACAGCCCUGUACCACUUUAAGCCAACAUUCAGAGAACAUGAACCCGUGUUUGCCUAUUUCUUCCUUCCUCCCAAUCCACCUUCCUUUUGUGCCGUGUCUUUUGAGAUUGUAAGCCUGGGUCAAGGACUUCUCUCUUUUCUUUUUCUUAACGUGUUCGGCAAGGGGCUCUGGAAGUCGUCGUAGGCUUGAGCUUGAUUGACCAAUGGUCUGACUCUGUAUGAGGCAGCGUCCUAUGUUCCUCUGUGCAUGCUUGGCCUGCACAUGUCACAUGUGUGUGUGUAUGCACAUGCACAUUUAUUGGCCAUGCCCACCACUGGCAUGUGGGCCUCAGGGGGGUCCACUGACCCAUCAGUGGUGGCCCUUGGGCCAAAGGAGGGCUAGCUAACCCUGCUAUAUCAUCCACCUUCUUUGUCUUCCUUGUAGGAAGUAGGACAGCCCUCAAAGACAGCAAAAUGGCCCUGAGGCGUCCCCCCAUGCCUACUUCUCUUUGUGAUGGACUGGAAGCAGCGUCCCUGCAGCCAGAACAGGUACAGAAUAGAACUGUGGGUGCUUUUUCUCCUCUGCCCAUCACUCUGGACCUGAAGAUGGCAGCCAUUUUCUUCUGUCAGAGCUGCUCACUAAGAAGGUUUUGAGUGCUGCUGAUGACGCUUUGGGUCUUGCAGGAGAUCCGCUAAGGCACCUCAGCUUUUCCUGUCUUCCUUUUUGUUGCUUUACCUGUGAGAAGUAAACAUUUCCUCCUUCCUUCCUUCCUUCCUUCCUUCCUUCCUUCCUUCCUUCCUUCCUUCCUUCCAGGACCUCGUGAACUUUGAGGAGAUGGCUGUACAUUUCACGGCCUUCCACGGAGGCCGAGUAGGCUCUGCGGGACCCAGGCUGGAGGGGUCUGCACAGGGAAGCCAUGGAGAACUGUGGAAUUGUGGGAAUCUGGCCUCUCUCGGUAAGUAAGCAUAUCAGGCAGAAAUGCUACUACAGCUACUAUGAGGUUAGCGUUUAUUUAUUUUGUUGUUUAGUCAUUUAGUCGUGUCCGACUCUUUGUGACCCCAUGGACCAGAGCACGCCAGGCACUCCUGUCUUCCACUGCCUCCCGCAGUUUGGUCAAAUUCAUGUUCAUAGCUUUGAGAACACUGUCCACCCGUCUGUCGUCCCCUUCUCCUUGUGCCCUCCAUCUUUCCCAACAUCAGGGUCUUUUCCAGGGAGUCUUCUCUUCUCAUGAGGUGGCCAAAGUACUGGAGCCUCAGCUUCACGAUCUGUCCUUCCAGUGAGCACUCAGGGCUGAUUUCCUUCCAUGGGACUCUCAAGAGUCUCCUCCAGAACCAGAAUUCUAAAGCAUCAGUUCUUUGGGGAUCAGCCUUCUUUAUGGUCCAGCUCUCACUUCCAUACAUCACUACUGGGAAAACCAGAGCUUUAACUAUACAGACCUUUAUUUACAUCCCACCUUUUUGCUGGACCCAGGACUCAAGGCAGCUUACAUAAAUUACAACAAGUCAGAUAAAAGGUGUGAAAAGUCAAUCCUUAAAAAUUAAAUUACAAUAUAAACAAUAUAACUCCCUCCCAAUCUAUUAGAAUAUAGUGGUUUCUUGGUUGUCAAACUUAAUCCAUUCGACUCCCGGAACCGUUUGAAAACCAAGGCUCUGCUUCCGAUUGGCUGCAGGAGCUUCCUGCACUCAAUUGGAAGCGUGGUCAGACAUUCGGCUUCCGAAAAAGUUCGCAAACUGGAACACUUGCCUCCAGGUUUGCAGCAUUUGAGAGCUGAUUUGUUUGGGAGUCAAGCCAUUUGACAACCAAGGUACCAGUGUACAGAUAAUAAAGAAGGAAAACUCUGAUCCUAAGCCUCUGCUCCCUUGUGAGUUAUCUUUGGGAGGAAAAAAGACUUGGGAGUAAACCGUACAAAAAUCCUCAAUGGAGUCCCUAAGAGGGUUGGAUGGCAGCUUUGCUUGCCUCCUUCCGGCAACUCCUGCAACCAAGCUUGUGCCAAAUGUUUUGCUCUGCUUUCCUUUCAUAGAAUCAUAGAAUCAUAGAGUUGGAAGAGACCACAAGGGCCAUAGAGUCCAACCCCCUGCCAAGCAGGAAACACCAUCAGAGCACUCCUGACAUAUGGUUGUCAAGCCUCUGCUUAAAGACCUCCAAAGAAGGAGACUCCACCACACUCCUUGGCAGCAAAUUCCACUGUCAAACAGCUCUUACUGUCAGGAAGUUCUUCCUAAUGUUUAGGUGGAAUCUUCUUUCUUGUAGUUUGGAUCCAUUGCUCCGUGUCCGCUUCUCUGGAGCAGCAGAAAACAACCUUUCUCCCUCCUCUAUGUGACAUCCUUUUAUAUAUUUGAACAUGGCUAUCAUAUCACCCCUUAACCUCCUCUUCUCCAGGCUAAACAUGCCCAGCUCCCUUAGCCGUUUCUCAUAAGGCAUCGUUUCCAGGCCUUUGACCAUUUUGGUUGCCCUCCUCUGGACACGUUCCAGUUUGUCAGUGUCCUUCUUGAACUGUGGUGCCCAGAACUGGACACAGUACUCCAGGUGAGGUCUGACCAGAGCAGAAUACAGUGGCACUAUUACUUCCCUUGCUCUAGAUGCUAUACUCCUAUUGAUGCAGCCCAGAAUUGCAUUGGCUUUUUAGCUGCCGCAUCACACUGUUGGCUCAUGUCAAGUUUGUGGUCAACCAAGACUCCUAGAUCCUUUUCACAUGUACUGCUCUCAAGCCAGGUGUCACCCAUCUUGUAUUUGUGCCUCUCAUUUUUUUUGCCCAAGUGCAAUACUUUACAUUUCUCCCUGUUAAAAUUCAUCUUGUUUGUUUUGGCCCAGUUCUCUAAUCUGUCAAGGUCGUUUUGAAGUGUGAUCCUGUCCUCUGGGGUGUUAGCCACCCCUCCCAGUUUGGUGUCAUCUGCAAAUUUGAUCAGGAUGCCCUUGAGUCCAUCAUCCAAGUCGUUGAUAAAGAUGUUGAAUAAGACCGGGCCACAUCAACGAGGACGAUGGGGAGAUCUUGUCAGUUAGUGGCCGAAAGGCUUCUCAGGAGAAAGAAAUUUUCUCUGGCAGUGAAAGGAAAGCAGAGAAGGGCGGUAAAAUACAAGGCAAUGUGACCAUUAGAAAAACUGCAGUGCAAAUUCCUAAAAGUAUUUCACCAACAAUAACUGUGAAAAGGACAAAAUCGUUCGUGAGUUUUAAAGGAAUGGGGGGGUGAUCAGUGAGGCGUCACAUUCUUUGGUACGUAUGUUCAAGACUUAAUAACAAUAGCAAUUUCUUGUGUGACAACGGGUGGAUUGCGAUUUUAAUUUUUAUCUCCUUUUUUAUUGUGUGUCUAUAGCUAUACAUAUUUAAUUAUUGUAACAUAUACAGUGGUACCUCAGGUUACGUACGCUACAGGUUACAUACGCCUCAGGUUACAGACUCUGCUAACCCAGAAAUAUUACCUUGGGUUAAGAACUUUGCUUCAGGAUGAGAACAGAAAUUGUGCUCUGGCGGCAUGGCAGCAGGAGGCCCCAUUAGCUAAAGUGGUGCUUCAGGUUAAGAACAGUUUCAGGUUAAGUACGGACCUCCAGAACAAAUUAAGUACUUAAGCCGAGGUACCACUGUGUGUGUGUGUGUGUGUGUGUGUGUGUGUGUGUGUAUGAAACCCACUUUGAUUUUUUAAAUGAAAUUGCUGUAUUUGAAGUGUUUUUUUUAAAAUAAAUAAAUAAAUACAUCAUAUGGGAUAAGAAUUACAAGCAGGCAGCACCAGCGGGAUUUCUCUCCUCUUAGGCCAAGCAAAAAUUAGAGCCAGUUCACAGUGGCCAGUCCUUUUCCUUCAAGCAGGCAGCAUCUACAUGAGGUCACAAUGGGUAGUCUCCUCCCAUCCAAUCACAUCAGCAUGAGGUCACAAUGGCUGGUCUCCUCCCAUCCAAUCACAUCAGCAUGAGGUCACAAUGGCCGGUCUCCUCCCAUCCAAUCACAUCAGCAUGAGGUCACAAUGACCUCUGAUUAGCGGUUGCUGGGAAUCACAAGUGGAGACACUGCUGCCACGCUCAGUCCUGCUUGUGUGCUUCCCAGAAGACACAUCUGGUUGUCCAGUGUAACAGCUGGAGUAGAUGGGCCGUUGGUGUGAUCCGACACCUGCAAGGCUCUUCUCUUCCUACAAGUCAUUUGUUUCUCUCUUUUUAAAUAGGGCUUCCGCUUCCCAGGCUGGACCAUAUCUCCUGGCAGGGAGAAAGGGGCGACCCGUUUGCCGAAAGCUCUGAAGAGGAGAGAUCAGCAGGUAGGCACUUAGGGGUGGGCCCCCAUGUCAGGCAUACCCGGCUAUGUCUUCAACUAGCAACCAUAUUUUUUUCUUGCUGAAUAUCACCCCGUUAUGAUCCCCCUUUAAUCGAUGGAUUGACAAUACGACAGUACUUGCAACAUGUGAACGGAUUGCCAGACUUUGUCUGGACAAAUAUAUUGACGUUUGGAACACGUUUAUACAGAAUAGGCUAUUAAUAAGGAUAAUAAUAUAUCUGUAUAAUAAUGUAUGGAAAUGUAACUGAUAUUACUUAUUGUAUGAUAUUGUACCUUUUGCAUCUUUUUCCCUAUUUCUUUUUCAUUCUUUUAUCCUCCUAUUUCCUUAUAAAUGAAAUUCUUCUAAAGAAAAACAAAAACCACCCAGUUGAGGGGUACAGUAAGGCCACAACUUAUCCACAUUUAACUUGUGCGCAUUUGGCAAAAAAAAUUAGGAAGGGGGUGACCCCACCUACUAUUGAACCCAGUGUGUUUUGACCAUACGUGGUUUUGGCUUUUAGGCACGAUCCUGGGAACAUGAACCCCCCCCCCCAUAAGUUGCAGGUGCCCUGUAUAUCUGAGAAACAAGCAGGGAAUAGUGUGAGGGAUUCACUCAACUGGGAAAGGAGGAUUUUGUAUCUAAAGUGAGGAAUGGCAGAUCUUAUUUCAUAGCACCCACCUGUACUCCAUGAACCCAGUUAGGCUCGGCCCCAAUUUGGCCCACAAGUCCAUUCCCCACAAACCACAUCCUCCUGCCCUAGGGGUUGCCAAUAUUUUUGGACUAGUGGUUGCAUUUAAAAUUUUGAAGGGGGUGCUGGGACUGCCAGUCACAAAAUGGCUGCCAUGGAGGGGGCAUGGCCUAACAAAAAAUGUCCCCAUUUUCCAGGGAAGUCCCAUCCCUAUUUUCUCUAGAAGCUGUCCCGGUUUCUGAUUUGAUCCCAGAAUGUCCCAUUUUUCCUUAGGACAUUCCUAUUUUCAUUGGAGAAAUGUUGGAGGGUAUGGAAUUAUCUGACCCCCAGGCCAUCUGAAGGCAAUCCUGUAUAGGGAAGGUUUUUUUUUUAAUGUUUAAUGUUUUAUUACAUUUUUAUAGAUGUUGGAAGCUGCCCAGAGGGCAACCCAGUCAGACAGACAGGGUAUGAAUAGUAAAAUUAUCAUUAUGGAAUGGGACGUCCCUAUUUUGAUCGGAGAAAUGUUGGAGGGUAUGGAAUGGCUGCCAUGGGGAGCCAGGCAUAACACAAAAUCAGAGAGGCAACCACCCCUGACAAUGUUUAUGCAUACCAUGAGAAGGCAGUUAUGUCCUGCUGGUUAUGGAGAUUGUGUGCAUACACACACACUGCCUGAUGAUGUUGCUCUGUAAUAACAACAGUUAUCUCCUGCUUGGACUACUGCAAUGCGCUCAAUGUGGGGCUACCUUUGUAGGUGACCCGGAAACUACAACUAAUUCAGAAUGCGGCAGCUAGACUGGUGACUGGGGGCAGCCGCCAAGACCAUAUAACACCGGUCCUGAAAGACCUACAUUGGCUCCCAGUACGUUUCUGAGCACAAUUUAAAGUGUUGGUGUUAACCUUUAAAGCCCUAAAUAGCCUCGGCCCAGUAUACCUGAAGGAGCAUCUCCACCCCCAUUGUUCUGCCCGGACACCUGAGGUCCAGCGCUGAGGGCCUUCUGGUGGUUCCCUCACUGCAAGGAGCUAAGCUACAGGGAAGCAGGCAGAGGGCCUUCCCGGUAGUGGCGCCCACCCUGUGGAACUCCCUCCCAUCAGAUGUCAAAGAGCUAAACAACUACCUGACAUUUAGAAGACAUCUGAAGGCAGCCCUGUUCAGGGAAGUUUUUAAUGUGUGACAUUUUAAUGUAUUUUUAAUCUUUGUUGGAAGCCGCCCAGAGUGGCUGGGGAAACCCAGCCAGAUGGGCGGAGUACAAAUAAUAAAUUACUAUUACUGUUACCAGGAAACAUAUACAAGCUAGCCACACCAUUCAUUUCACAGAAAUCAAUUAGAAGGCACCUGCCCAUUUUGCCUUUUAAUUGGGUUGGGUUGGUGACCCUGACAGGUAAUGUGUUUGAAUCCAAAGUGCUCCUGCAAAUGGACUUCAAGGCGACUCCCUGAACAGCCAAUUAGUUGAACAAUUUUGGCAAACCCCUUUGAAGUCGCAGCUCCUGGAAUCAAUCAGCUGAUUGGUGCUCAGAGCAGACCUUCAAAGGAAGCUGCUCCAACCUCCACUCAGCUGAUUGGUGCUUACAGGGACCCCUUCUGAACUUUUAAAGUUGUCAGCCACUGGACAUCAUUAUACCACUGGGUGAUUUGACAAGUGGAUGGAAUUAAUCAGCCUGCCUAAAACCCAGAUUCAGUUUCCCACUCCUGCUUUAAAGACUAUGUCACCACAUUGCCAAGAAUUAGCUACUUUGAUUGGCAAAGGUCCUUUAAGGUCUCUGUUUUCCUGACACUGUUAUCGAGUACAUUCAUUUGGGUAGUGAACCUGUGAUCGUGCAUGAGCAGAAUAGCCAAUGCUUCAUACACCACCCCAUUUGUCUAUUCCAAGGUUCAUCAGAUCAAUGUUCUUUCCAUGAUUCGUAGAUCUCUUCCUCCCUGAUCAGAUUUCACCUUUGAUUCCUUUAGAUGACGACAGAGAGGGCAACAAAGAGUGUGAACGGCAUAGAAUGAAAACGGAAUUAAAACAGAAGUGGGGGAACAAAUCCAUUGCUUUUGAAGGGACUGACUUCCAUGAAAUCCCAAUAGUAGAAGAACAUUGUGAAGGAAACCAAAGAAAAAUUCACAAGGAGAAAUUGUUGAAAUGUGCAGAGUGUGGGAAGCUUUUCAGCCAGCAGAUAUACCUUAUUAAACAUCAGAGAGCGCAUGCUACAGAUAAAACGUACAAAUGCUUGGAGUGCGGCAAGCAAUUCCUUCGCAGCUCAGACCUUCAUUUUCAUCAAAGAUUCCAUGCAGGCAAAAAGCCUUAUAAAUGCUCGGAGUGUGGAAAGCGGUUCAGUCAUAGCGUAAGUCUGAAAUGGCAUGAAAGUAUUCACACGAGAGAAAAGCCCUAUAAAUGCUCAGAGUGUGGAAAGGGUUUUAAUGACGGCAGAAACCUUAAAAGACAUCAAAGAAUCCACACAGGGGAGAAACCUUAUAAGUGCUCAGUGUGUGGAAAGGGCUUCAGUCGUAGCCCUGAGCUUAAAUCACAUCAAAGAAUACACACUGGGGAGAAGCCCUAUAAGUGCUCCGAGUGCGGGAAGAGGUUCAACCUGAGUUCAAACCUUAGUAAACAUCAAAGAAUCCACACAGGGGAGAAGCCCUACACAUGUUCAGCGUGUGGGAAGAGCUUCAGUCAUAGCACACAUCUUAAAAGACAUGAAAGAAUCCACACGGGGGAGAAGCCCUAUAAAUGUUCCGAGUGUGGAAAGAGCUUCAGUCAAAACAUAAUUCUUAAAUCGCACCAGAGAAUUCACACGGGGGAGAAGCCAGAUAAAUGCUCCGAGUGCGGGAAGUGUUUCAGCAAUAGUGGGAACCUUAAAAUACACCAGAAAAUCCACACAGGGGAGAAGCCCUAUAAAUGCUCAGAGUGCGGGAAGUGUUUCAGUCAAAGCAUAAUCCUUAAAUCGCAUCAAAGAACUCACACGGGGGAGAAGCCCUUUGUAUGCUCUGGGUGUGGAAAGAGUUUUGGCGAUAGCAGAAGCCUCAAAGUCCAUCAAAGAGUCCACACCCAGGAGAAGCCCUAUAAAUGCUCCGAGUGCGGCAAGACUUUCAGCGUCGGCAGAAGCCUCAAAGUACACCAAAGAACCCACACGCAGGAGAAACCCUAUCAAUGCCUCGAGUGUGGGAAAAGCUUCAGUGACAGCAGAAUCCUCAAAGUGCAUCAAAGGAUCCACACGGGGGAGAAGCCCUAUAACUGCUCAGAGUGUGGGAAGAGCUUCAACCAGAGCACACACCUUAAGAGACAUCAGAGAACCCACACAGAGGAGAAGCCCUACAAGUGCUUGGAGUGCGGGAAAAGCUUCAACCAGAGCACGCAUCUCAACACACACAGAAGAAUCCACGUGAGAAACACUCAGGGUGCGGAAUGACCUUCCACCAGAGAAGACGCUUUCCACUGCGUCAAACAGGGUGGAAUCCUGCAAAUCCUAGUGAUGAUUGGAAUGUGGGAAGUUCUUGAGAUGGAACGUAAGCUUCCGACUUCCAAGAUGCCAACCCAAGGGAAAGCAUAGGAAUAAUUAGAGUAGAGAAUCACUUGACCAAUCAAAUCUUAAUAAGCAGCUGUAGCAGGGCUCAGAAUGGGCAGUUCCCAGUGACUACAUGAGUCCAGGAUAGAUGCAUGCCUAGGCUUGUUAGGAUUCCUGCUCCGUGUUUGCAGUCAUGAGAUUGUUGUCUAUCACAUGGCGGUGUAUUUUUUCAUUCCAGAGUGUGGGAAGUGACGGAGACAGGAUGUUUUGGUAUUGUAUUUUUGUAGGCCUAAUGUUAUGCUUAGCCUCUGUCCAGAAAUUCUGUGUCGACAGCAUUUUUUAAAUUCUCCCCUUGCUGUAACCUUGGACAAUCAUGUUUAAUUAAACAAUGUGAUAUUGGCUGCCUGUUCAGUUUACAUUUUAUUCCUGCACUGCAGGGGGUCAGGC